GCUGUUUCUCUUAUUUUUUUCCUAUUACAAGAAAAAUUUUGAUAUGCCAUUUUUGGCUGUCUAAUUAUCGUUGUUGGUUAUGUCAUGUGUUUAAAAGGAACUGCUGUCUUGACUACUGCCACAAUCUUCCAUACCUGCUGACUGGAAAGGUUGAUAUAUAAGGUGACUGUGCUAUUGAGUGGAACUGCUAUCUGAAGUGUUUAAAAUUCUGUAUACCAGGAAGGAUAACAAGGUGUUUGUUUAUCGCUAUCAGGUAACAAUGUCGAGGACCUAUUUGCCUAUUAGCCAAAUCACUGAUGAGACGCGGAACUGGACUGCGCUCAUUCAAGUAGUUGAGAGGGCACCUAUUCAAACAAGCAAAAGUGAUUCACACGUGCCCUAUCGAAGAUACUUAUUCACAUAUGGAGAGGGUACCAAAGUAGCUGCUGUAGUCUACAAAGCAGCCAUAGAAGAGUUUGAUGGUCUGUACUUCCCUACAAGCGCUACUACCUUACUGGAGCAAAAGUGCGGCCAGAAACCCCGCUGGCUGUCGUUAUCAACUAAAACUGGAACUUGCUUAAUGAUAAAUCUACCAAUAGUAGCUGCUGACAGAUUGAAGCAAUGGUACGCUGACAACAAAGCAACUAUUAUGAAGCUUGUGGAGGAAGGCAUGUAUAAGGACACAGACAAGUUGUUUCCAUACCCAUCUUCCAGUGAGAUAGUCACCGUUCAACGCGCAAUUGCUUCCAUCAGAUACAGAGUGGAUUUGACUGCUCAGAUGGCAGCAGCAAUGAGCGGACGUCGUGUGGUUUGCUUCAUCAAACACUAUGAAUCAACUCACCAUACUGUCCUGAAGCUCUAUACAAUUGAUGGCAUGCGAACAGACAAAAAUCUGCUUCAGCCUAGAGAGCUAGCAAAGGAAGAGUCAGACUCAGCUUCAACCAAGAUAACGGACAAAGAACUCUUCAGUCCAACACUAAAAAAUGUUCUUGACUCCCUCACUCCAGCACGUGAAAAGCCUACAACAAUUGUAGGUUCGGGAUCCACGGCAAAAAAACGCAUCACCUUUGACAGUCAUCAAUCCUCCACCUCAGGAACCACUAUCCCAUCCAACAACAUUCCUGAAUCAUCCGCCCAGCAAACUCAGCAACCCAGUACGAUAUGUGAUGCAAGUCCGACAAAGAAAAGUCGGCCAAAAAUGGAUUAGCUCCUGUAUGAUUGCAUAUUACCACUUUUGGGAAACACAGAUUCUAUGGGCUGUAUCUUUUGUAUCUUGUAUCUAUAUUGCCAACUGUUACAGCAAUCUAUUCGCAUAUAGAUGUAGCUGCAUUUUGUACCUUCUUCAUGGCAUAUAUGCCGAACAAACUAAACUUUUGUGUUUAGCAAUUGUAUUGCCUAGAAUUGUAAGCAUCUGUUUACAUAUAGAUGCUUUUUAAUUCUACUGCAAACUUGAUGCUCAUUAUUCUUCAUGGCCAAAUGUGGUGGGUCAGAUAAUACAAUUUAUUUGUCUAAAGGAAAUUUCAAUAAUGGUAAGUACCU